UAAUCGGAUUACAUAAAACAUGAAUGCAGAAAAUAAUGUAGGUAAUCAUGUAAAACAAAAAAGAACUGAGGAAAUUACUUUUCGGGUUACUGCAGUUCCCAGUUCAACCACUAGAUGGAGACGCCAUUCUACUUUUAAAACUUAUUGUAGAUCCGAGCACUAAAAUAAUAUCCUGUAAAUCAUGAACGCACUCAGCACAUCAAACGCACUUUCAUUAGAUUAUUAUUACAUUAUUAUUUAUAAAUAAAGUCAUUCAGUCAUUUGUGUGUCUCUUUUAAGAGUCUUAAAUAGGCUACACAAUUUAAGAAACAACUUAAAACCUAUCUACUAAAAUGUUGAAUUGAUGUUGUGUGGACACCAGCAACAGUUCAAACACACGUGAAUAAUAGGAAAGUAUGUAAAUGUGUUUUAAUUGUGGUCGUGUGGAUGAAGGACGCAUGUGCAGAAACUCCUCAUCAUCCUCAUCCUUCAGUCUGAAUCUCAUUACAGUCUCACAACCUCCAGAGCAACACACACACACACACACACACACACACCUGUCGACAUGAACAGAUCUUACUACAUCUGCACGAUGUGUUUUGUGAUGUGUGUGUUUGGAUGGCAUGAUCUGGAUAACAGUGAAUAUGAUUGCUGGCCUCUGGACAAACCAGAUGAACUCAACAUGAUCGACUGCGGAGGUCUGGAGAUGGCGUGGGUCCUGCGUCCUCCAGAGAAGGUUCUGAGCGGUGAAGAUUUCUCUGUCAUUUACUCGGUGACCGUCAGAGAUGAGUUUUACCAGUGGGCCGUCGACAACAACAUCUUCAUACACCGGUCCAUCACGGAUCCGGCUGAAGCCCGGCGCUUCUGCGAGCAGCACGAGUGUCCCAGCAACUGGAAGGACGCGAGCGGAGAGAACUGCUGCAUUCAUCAUGCCAACAUACACUCCUGCCCCAUGGGAUACAUGAAACAAGCGGAGGAGCGAAUCUGCGGCCCCUGGAUCCCCGACGACGGGCGGAUAUUCACUCACACCAUCUCCACUUCUGGAACAAUGACCCAGACCAACUGGAGCUCCAAGGUGGUGCUGUUCCACGAGGGAUUGACGUCUCUGAUCGCUCACAUCCGUGUGGGAAACAUGCAGGUCGCGCUGGAGGCCAAGAGCACCGUCCUGCCCGCCAUCAUGUGUGGUGACAGUGUGUGUGAGGAAGAGGAGAGCUGCUCGACGUGUCCCGCUGACUGUGGAGACUGUCCUCUGAGUUCUGCUGUACGAGCUAUCAUCGGCCUCACCGUCACCUUCAUCGUCAUCAGCUUCGUCAGCAGUGCCAUGUGGUUUAAAUAUCAGAAACAGAAACUCUUGUGGGAUGAGAGCUGGAUCAUCGACUUCAAUCACAUUAAACAAGAUUACAUUGCCCGGGCGACCAUGGGCAGCAUCAUGAGCGUCCCAGCGGCGAACAGCGACUCUAACGCGAGCUGUGUGACGGGCCUGAGCUCCUACACCGGCGUCCCCACGACACGCAAACAGCUCUACACACACACCGGCAUCUAUGAUGGACGAACCGUUGCCAUCAAGAAAAUAAAAACAAAAACAUUUUCUCUCUCGAAGACGAUUCGCCAAGAGGUGAAGCAAGUCAGGGAACUGGACCACCCGAACCUCUGUAAGUUCUUCGGAGGUUGUGUGGAGCUUCCCAACAUCGUCAUAGUAACAGAGUAUUGCCCUAAAGGAAGCCUGAAUGACGUCCUGCUGAUCGACGAGAUUCCUUUAAACUGGGGUUUUAGGUUCUCCUUUGCGACAGACAUCGCUCGUGGGAUGUCGUACCUGCAUCAGUUUAAAAUCUGCCAUGGGCGGCUGAAAUCAGCCAACUGCGUAAUCGACGACCGCUGGGUCUGUAAGAUCACAGAUUACUGUCUGUGGGUUUUCCGGCAUGAGGACUGCGCUGAGCCACUCACCACGUACCAGCAGAGACUGAAGGAGGUUUACACUCCACCUGAAGCCCAGAGCGGCAGCCAGGAGCCCACGCUGGCCGGAGACGUGUUCAGCUAUUCAAUAAUCUUACUGGAGAUUGCAACCCGGAAUGAUCCAGUGCCGGCGGAUGACGGUUCUCUGGAGUGUGGCUGGUGUCCUACGCUGCCGGAGCUGAUUUCGGGGAAAGCCGACAGCACUUGCCCCUGUCCUGCUGAAUACGCUGAGCUGAUUCGUCGAUGCCGUGCUCAUAACCCCGCCCACCGGCCCACCUUUGAGCAGAUCCGCAAAUUUGUCAACAAAAUCAACCCACAUAAAGUCAGUCCUGUCGACAUGAUGAUGGAGCUGAUGGAGAAAUACAGUAAACAUCUGGAGGUUCUGGUUGGUGAACGAACGCAAGAUCUGAUGCUGGAGAAACAGAAGACGGACAGACUGCUUUACAGUAUGCUGCCUAAACAAGUGGCUGAUGACCUGCGACAGGGAAAACCGAUGCAAGCCCAGAGUUACGUCAGCGCCACCGUGUUCUUCAGUGAUAUUGUGGGCUUCACUCAGUUGUCCAGCACUAGUACUCCUUACCAGGUGGUCGACUUCCUCAACAAACUCUACACCACCUUUGACGAGAUCAUCGACAACUACGAUGUUUAUAAAGUGGAAACCAUCGGCGAUGCAUAUAUGGUGGUGUCCGGAGUACCGAGCGAGAACGGGAUCCUGCACGCGUCUGAGAUCGCCAGCAUGGCUCUGGACCUGGUGUCCGUGUGCAAGACCUUCAGGAUCCCUCACAGACCUCAAACACAGCUCCAGAUCCGCGCUGGAAUACAUUCAGGUCCAGUUGUAGCAGGAGUUGUGGGAACGAAGAUGCCGAGGUAUUGUCUGUUUGGAGACACGGUGAACACAGCGUCCCGCAUGGAGUCCACCAGCGAAGCGCUGAAGAUCCAGUGCAGCUCCAGUGUGUUUUUCCUUCUGGAGGAGAUCGGCGGAUACACACUCUCCUGCAGAGGUGUGUUACAGGUGAAGGGUAAAGGUGACAUGGUGACGUAUUGGCUGGAAGGGAAACAGUCGUCGGCUCCAAGGAAAGCCUUUCCGCCGCAGGAGCUCGAGAGACCCGUGAGCGUCCCCGAACUACAGAAAGAGGAUUACUCCAGCAUCCCAGGAGUCCUCAGCAGCUCCGACAGCACUGGCCUCCUGUGUGACGCAGAUACAUGAACACUUCUUUCAGUUCAGUCAUUUACACACUUCUGUACUUUAGCGCUUAUAUAUAGAACCUUUUAUGGGUUCCCAUCAUGGCAUCAUUAUAUGGAUUUAGUUUUAAUUCAUUAAUUUUGAUUGGUUUCAUUUAAAAAAAAAAUGUUUUAAUGAAUUAAGCAGCUCAUAAACAUACUUUAUCACCAGAAAACUAUUGAAAUAUCCGGUUAAACGUGAAAAUAUUAUGCUAGACAUUUCUCCUUAUGUAGAAUAUUUUGGGCAUAAAGACUCACAUUUUAGAAUUGAGUCAAGAACCCCAAAGUUCUAAAUAGAAUCAUAAACGGUUCUAUCAGGCGCUUAUAUUAUAUAUGGAACCUUUCCCAUCAUAGCCUCAUUUUAUGGAUUUAGUUUUAAUUCAUUCCUUUUCGUUACAUUGUUUAUGAAUUUAGCAGCUUAUAAACAUUUUAUCACUAGAAAACAACUGAAAUAACAUGAAAGUAAAAAUAUACAUGAAAGUAUUAUGCUGUCAUUUAAGCCGUUUCUCCUUAUAUAGAAUUAUUUAGUAUUUUAAAACUGUUCUAUACAGAACCUUUGUAUUUAAGAGUAAAUAUAGAGUUAGAGUUUGUGUCCUGUUUUAUCAUUGAGCACAGUAAAAUACUGCAAUAUAGAAAUGAAAUGUAGUUUAGCUGAUGUUUGUUAUUGAUUAGAAAAAACUGACUUUAAUAACUUAGCAUUUUUUUCUCUAUUUUCUCGUUUGAUCAGUCAGUGUUUGUAGCAUCAGAACAAUUGUGAAAUAUCCAAUAAUCGUAGUAAACUACAUGUAUAUAUAUUAAUAAUAUUAAAAAACAAAAUGGCCA